AGCCCUCCCCCUCCUUUCCACCUGCCUCCCCUCCCCCACCCGUUUCAGCCCGCCCUCCCCUUUAAUUAAUCAGCUAAUUAGCCCCGCCCCCUCCACGCCCUAAUUAAUGUCAGUGUUUAAAUAUUGAAUAAGUCAAUUAACAUAAUUCCCCCUCCCCCCACUUCACUAAUGACUUAAUUAACAUGAGGCCCCUCCCCCACUCCUCCCCCAAUUAACUCGUGGCUAAAUUAACAUGAAUCCCCUCCUCCACCGCUGCUCCUGGCCCCUCCUUCCUCCAUGCCCCACAGCCCCGCAAUGACUUAAUUAAUAAUUAUGUAAUUAACUUAUUAGCAGUGGAUUACUAAUUAAAUAAUUAACAGUCCCCUCCCCCUGCUAAUUAGCCCCCCCUUAACAAGCAGGCCCGCCCCCAAGAUCAUAGCUUUGGCUUUCAAAGAAAGCAGGUGGGAGGGUUAAUUUGCUCAGGCAUUAAUUAACAUUCAUUAAUUAACGAGCUGGCUCCCUUGCUGACUCCGCCCCCAGUGGCACCGCAAGGGAUUGUGGGAACGAGGCCCGGCUUCCUGCUUCCUCAUGGGCCCUGUAGUCCGGGGCCGGGUGCUCCCAUUGUCCCCUAUGGAGCGGGGCCUACAUUACCCAUGAUGCCCCACAGCUGGGGGACGGGCCUCGGUUGUGCCGCGGUGCCUGCUGGGAAAUGUAGUCCACCCCCGCCCCCCGCCCCCCCAGAGCUGUGCCCAGUCACCCAUGGGGUAGAACUACAGGCCCCGUGAGGCUGGAGGCAGCGGGUGUAACGAGCCCUGCCCUCGUUAGCUAAUGAGUGGGGGGGGUCUGGGUCCCCCCCCAAGUGGAGGCCCCUCCUCCCCACCCUGACACCCUCCACCAUGCAGCUGGCUCUGGUGCGGUGCACGAGGGGGCAGUCCUUGCACACCCAAUGCACCAGGAUGGGGUGUCUCCAUGCCCCCUUUCUUGUGCCCCUUUACCCCCUGGGUUCCCCCUCCUGUCCCCCUCCCCCUCCCCUCCCACGACUUCUCCUUUUCUCCUGCCCGCAUCCUGUCACGGGGCCAGCGCCCGCCCGGCCCCCCACACGGAGAGCGGAGAGUGGCACCCACGCCAGCGCCGCCGAGCCCCCCCCAACACCAUGUCGGACUCGCUGGUGGUGUGUGACGUGGACCCCGCGCUGACCGAGAGGCUGCAGCGAUUCCGCUUCCGCAAGGAGACCAACAACGCCGCCAUCCUCAUGAAGAUCGACAGGGACCGGCAGCUGGUGGUGCUGGAGGAGGAGCUGGAGGAUGUGUCCCCUGAGGACCUGAGGGCCGAGCUGCCCGAGCGCCAGCCUCGCUUCGUGGCGUACAGCUACCAGUACAAGCACGACGACGGGCGCGUGUCCUACCCGCUCUGCCUCAUCUUCUCCAGCCCCCUGGGCUGCAAGCCGGAGCAGCAGAUGAUGUACGCGGGCAGCAAGAACCGGCUGGUGCAGGCGACCCAGCUCACCAAGGUGUUUGAGAUCCGGACCACGGAGGAGCUGACGGAGGACUGGCUGCGGGAGCGUCUGGCUUUCUUCCGCUAGGGGGGCUGGGGACCCCCCCCACCGGACCCUCCAUGUUGGGGGGCAGAGAUACACCCCCCCCUUGGCUGGGGAGGGAAUAAACCAGUUGGGACGGA